UUCAUGGCGCUUCCAUCCCCUGAUGGGGAUGGCGUGUUUAAUAAUACUAACCGUCAGGGCUGCUGGCGUUUUGUUUCCUGCUCGAAGAAAUACCUCGCAGGUGAGGGCCGCGGAGGGAUGCUGUUCUCUGUCAAGCUCGCUGCUGAUGCCUCUGGGCAUCUAUCUUCUACCUCUUCACAGACACUGGGUGUUGAUAGUGUGCUCUUCAGGACAGGCUGAGACAGAACUUGUAAGAACUGAGCAAGAAUAAAUUAGCGGAGGACCUCAGUAUGUCCAGAAGUUAUUCCUUAACUGUCAUUUGUUAUCAAAGUAAAGUUUGGGGGGUGCUUUUAUUCAUGCAAUAUCCUGGAAAGAACAAUCUAGGUAUCCUGUGGUCUGAAAGGGAUGAAAUUAAAACUGCGCAAACUUACUUGGAAUCUGCAGAAGCCUUGUACAAUCAAUACAUGAAAGAGGAUGGAAAUCCUCCCCUGGAUCCCAGUGAACAUUUCAUGGCAGAAGAAGAAAAACUCACAGACCAAGAAAGAUCAAAAAGAUUUGAAAAAGCCUAUACACACACUCUGUAUUAUCUGGCACAAGUCUACCAACACCUGGAGAUGAUUGAGAAGGCUGCUCAGUAUUGCCAUACUACUCUUAAACGACAGCUCGAGUAUUGUGGCUACUACCCGGUAGAAUGGGCACUCAAUGCUGCUACUUUGUCCCAGUACUAUCUCUCUAAGCAAUGCUUUAUGGAGUCCCGACACUGUUUAGCAGCGGCCAGUGUCAUCUUUAGCCAAGCUGGACAGGUGCCAUCUGCUGAAGACAAUGAAACGGAGCAAGACCAACAGGACCUUCGACGGAGAAAAGCUGAAAUUGCAAGAUGCUGGAUUAAGUAUUGCCUGAAUCUCCUGCAGAGCGCUCGGAAAUUACUUGAGGAUAACAUAGGAGAACUGGAUCCAGACAGGCAAUUGGAACUUAAAGCCCAAAGGAGAAAAGAGGAGGAUGAAAAAGAGAAGGGCAGGAAAAAAGCUGUCCUUUUUGGGAUGAGUGAUAUAUGUGACUCUGUCUUAGCCAUGGAAGAGAAAGUGAGCAGCGUGUAUCCUUUAGAUUUUCAAGAAGCCAGAGAAAUCUUCCUAGUUGGUCAGAACUAUGUUCAGGAAGCAAAAGAGUUCUUUCAGGUUGACGGUUACGUUACUGACCAUAUUGAAAUUGUUCAGGAUCACAGUGCUUUGUUUAAGGUACUUGCUUUCUUUGAAGAAGACUAUGAGAGACGUUGCAAAAUGCACAAGCGAAGAAUAGACAUGCUGGAGCCUAUAUGUGCAGACUUGAAUCCCCAGUACUACCUGUUGAUUAGCAGGCAGCUUCAGUUUGAACUAGCCGACACCUAUUACGAGAUGAUGGAUUUAAAGGUAGCUAUUGGUAACAGGUUAGAGGAGCUAGACUCCCACACAAUUAAAAAAAUUAAUUCUCUGGCUCAGUUAGCGAUCAAAUAUUAUGAACUCUUCUUAGAUUCUUUGAGGAACCCAGAUCAGGUGUUUCCUGAAGAGCUCGAGGAAGAUGUUCUUCGCCCUGCAAUGGUGGCUAAAUUCCACAUUGCACGACUCUAUGGUAAGCUUAUUACUUCGGAUAGCAAAAAGCAACUGGAAAAUAUGCAGACAUCAUUGGAGUAUUACACAUUUCUGGUAGACUAUUGUGAGAAGUACCCAGAUGCUGCCCGGGCCAUUGAAACUGAACUAGAACUCAGUAAGGAGAUGGUGGGUCUUCUUCCAACGAGAAUGGAGAGGCUAAGAGCAAAACUGUGUCCGUUCAUAUAAAAACUCGCCUCGAAGGAAAUGUGCGCUAUGAAAAUGCUAUCUGUCAAACCCAGUGCUGUCAGCUUCCGUCCCGAUCGAUAGAACUAAGGUGUCUACAGUUCGGCAGUCCACCUAGAGCCCCCAGUAGUGUAACGUUGUGAGAAACUCGGAGCUCUCUGUUCGGUAGCUCACCCACACUAAUGGUAUAAACUUUAAUGUAAAGUGAACGGCCAGCUAACGGUUCGUAUUUUUUGUCCUGUAUGUAAAUAUAAACCUUCUCUCCCUUACGGGUUUUUCCUUCGGUGAAUGGUUCAGUUUCCAAAUGUAAUGCUGUAUGAAAAAUUGUUUCUUUUAAGAGAAUCUGUUUCUCCAGGAAAAUUUUUCUAAGAAACCCGAGGCACGUUCUUCUGACUAGAAUAUAUUUUAUCUCUUCUAACCUUUGUCCCCAGAAACCUUUAUCUGUUUAAAGGGAACUUUAUGUUAUUUUCAAUACUUAUUUUGUAUGUGGCUCAGUGUUUUCUUUUAUCCCCUGUUAAUCCAACCCUAGUUGACAGAGGCUCAAUAAAUGGACUAGCUUGCCUAAAUGGGUUUUUUUUUUUCAGUCCUUAGAAUUCUCUUUCCUUGUGUCUUACUAAGAUAUGAUACAUGUUACAACGUUGACCAAAAUAAAUAGUUGUGAAAGUGUUUCUACAUGAGUGUCUUUGGUAAAAACUGCGCUCUGGUGCUCCAAACAGUUGCAGAAUGCAGAUGAAAGGCCGGGGACGCUAUGGAAGGCUUCUUGCCUUGUGUUGGUCAGGGAGCCCAGGUGCUGUCUGAGCCGGAGCUGCAAGGUGGGGACCUCUCUGAAGGUGCUGCAGAUCCCAGCGCUGCCAAGGCACCAUUCAAAAUCUGUGUGCCGUCGAUUGCUGACUUCUCAGUUAAACCUGUGCUGAUUGUCAUUAAGGCCCUGCUGACCUGGCAAGGUUCCUGGUCUUACACAACCUGUUACCUUUGCCUUGUUCUAAUUUAGCCCCUAUUUACUCUUUAUGGAAGACGAGGCUGCAUUUCUGACCCAAAAUGUACACAGAGGUUGUCUUUGUAUUUCUGGUGUCCAUAGGAGGAGGAUUAUGAACCAGGACCUGUUUUAGGUGAAAUGUAGGCAGAGCACGUUGUCCAACCCUGUAUUAAGAGACAGCGGUCAGAGAUGCCAGGGGAUAUGGGGAAAGUGAAGUGACGGGGUGCACAGUACCCGCCAAGUUCACGGGGAGAUGUUUACAGCAACAGAGGGCAUUGAAGGAGAAUAGUCAAAACAACCGGAUUAUUCUGGAAAAAAAGACGUCAGCAUGGAGAGCGUGAGGGGGAAGCACGUGCAAGCAAGAAAGCGCGUACAUCUUCAACGUGCGGUAAAAAUCUCUAGCUUGCAGAAUUCUCUGCAGGAGGCUUCUAACCACAAACAAAUAGGCCAACAAACUGGGCCUGGAAACGAGAGGCAGCGAAACUCAGAACGAGACCAGCUACCUGCGUGCGUAUAGAGUAAGGGAGAGCGUGCGCGCGCGUGUGUGUGUGUGUUGUUUCUGUUUCACUAAAUAAUUGGCUCCUCAGCCUUUGGGAGUUUAUUUUCUGCUGCCAGAUCUUUAACUUGUUUUUUUCCCAGGAAGGUAGGGGCAGCCCAUAGCUUCUCAGGGAAACAGUUCUCAGCGGACAUACUGCUCAUUAUUAUUAUCUAUGAUUUCAAUUAAAGCUAGUGUGCACUUCUCAUAAUUUGCAAGUUAAAAUUAUUUUUUUUUCUAUCAACUUUCAGUGUCACAUUCAGGUAGAAAGCGGCGAUAUGUGCUUGGGGUUGUUUUUUUU